CUUACUAUGUCGGGGAUUGCCCUCAGCAGACUUGCCCAGGAGAGGAAAGCAUGGAGAAAGGACCACCCAUUUGGAUUUGUGGCCGUGCCAACCAAAAACCCAGACGGCACGAUGAACCUCAUGAACUGGGAAUGUGCCAUUCCCGGGAAGAAGGGGACUCCGUGGGAAGGAGGCCUGUUCAAGCUACGGAUGCUUUUCAAAGAUGAUUACCCAUCUUCCCCACCAAAAUGUAAAUUUGAGCCGCCUCUCUUUCACCCGAAUGUGUACCCAUCGGGCACUGUGUGCCUGUCCAUCCUAGAGGAGGACAAGGACUGGAGGCCAGCCAUCACGAUCAAACAGAUCUUAUUAGGAAUUCAGGAGCUCCUCAAUGAACCAAAUAUCCAAGACCCCGCCCAAGCAGAGGCAUACACGAUUUACUGCCAGAACAGAGUGGAGUACGAGAAGAGGGUUCGAGCACAAGCCAAGAAGUUUGCGCCCUCAUAAGCAGUGGCCGUGGCCGCACAGGAAGGGGUGGUUUGGCAAGAACUUGUUUACAACACUUUUGCAAAGUCGCUCUGUACAUCACUAGGCACCUGGGGAGGGUUGGGCGGGCGCCUUGCUCCUUUCCCGCCACUGGUCCACAGCUCUCGAGUCGCUAACUUGCCCCCGUUUUUCACACAGGGUCUCUUCCUUCCGUCUUUUGUAUUUUUGAUUGUUAUGUAAAACUUGGCUUUUAUUUUAAUAUUGAUGUCAGUAUUUCAACUGCUGUACAAUGAUAAACUUUUAUACUUGGGCUCCUCCGCUCUUGGAUGCAGGCAUGCUUCCC